UGCGCCUGUAUUGUCAGCUAGGAAGAAGACUGGUAUCAAACAGAAACUGAAACAGUUCUUCCCGACGCUACCAUUCAGAAUAAAAGAAAGAGUGAUUCAAGAUGUUGAAAUACCACAACACUUUGAAUUAACGCAAGAACAAAAAAGUGUUAUAGAAAAGGUGAUGGGUACAGAAAAAGAGGACAAGCAUGAUGGGGAUGUGAAGGGCUACGUCACAAUCUAUGACUUUGGAGGGGAGAAGGUGUUCUAUAACACACACCACUGUUUUAUGUCAAGCAACAUGGUCUUCGUCCUGGUGUUCGACGUGGCUAUGUGUCUUGAUCCAAGCCGAGCAAAAGAUGGAUACGAGCGAAUCGAGUUCUGGCUGAGGAAUAUCGCUACCUAUGCAAUCGACAGAGCAGCACCCGGUAAAGGAACUCCACCAGUCAUCCUUGUUGGAUCUCAUUUAGACAUUGUUUCUAAAAAUAAAGAGGAACAGAAAAGGAUGUUUGCUUCUGUGCUAGAAAAGCUGUACGAGAAACCUGAACUCCGUGAAAUUAUGGCAACCCACGUCCAGGAAAUGUUCCCCAUAGCCGAUCUGAAUGAUUCCACUAAAAAUCAAGAUACUUACGAGCGGGUGUGGAAAAAAAUCAUAUCGAUUGCCCCCCUCCAGUCCCAGUGGAUGAAACCAGUACCUGCAAGAUGGGUUGCCUUGGAAUACGAGCUGGUGAGACUGAAGAAUGAAGGCAGGAUUAUCUUGACAUAUGCUGAUUUGUUAGAAAUCAAUAGCAAGUCAGCAGUGCCAUUAGCAGAAGAUGACGUAAUGGGGUUUAUAAUGACACUAAGGUUCUCUGGAUCGUUCCUCUGUUUUGAUCUCCAUAGCAAGAGCCCAUUCAUCGUUCUUCAACCACAAUGGAUAAUUAAUGCAUUCAAAGCCAUCAUCACUGCUCCAAAGUUUACAUCUGACCUUUCGACCAAGCAAAGCCUUCAAUGGACAGAGUAUGAGAAAUCCGGCGUAUUAUCACACGAUUUCAUCAGGCAACUUUGGGAUCGUCCUGCGAAAUAUCGGUUCCUAGAUGAAGAAGACAGACUCUACAUCAUCAUGGAAACCCUUGGACUACUUACUAAACCAAUAUCGGUAGAUGCCGAGGUGGAUUACUUCAUAGUACCAAGCAUCCUUCAACCUGCAGAUCCCGAGGUAAUUAGUCCAGUUCUUGCUGAUCCCGACACAGUUACCACUGUCACUCUUUGUGUGAAGUUCGACAACCCAUUCAUCCCACAGGCCGUUUGGGACAAGAUGAUUGCCUCCUGUAUUCACAGGUUCCAGCGACUGAAAGAGCUCGGAGAUGAUGGUUUGAAGUUCAUCCGACGCGGUUUUGCCUGCUUGUCUGUGGAUUUUCUGUGGAAAAUGAUCAUCAACUGCAGCGACAAUGCCAUGAAGGUUACUAUGUUCAAGACGGAUACAGAUCACUCCGUACCAACAGGAACUGGAAUUAAACUACUCAGUAUUCUAACAUUUCUUCUCCAGCGGAUUCUAAAGUUAAAUCACCAAAGUCAUCUAGCAUACCAAAUAUACCUCCACAACGACUUCCGGUUCACAGCAGCUGAACAGAUGGUGAAGGUGGACGAUUUACGGCAGACAGCACAUCUGCGAUGCUACGGUUUAAAACGGCGCGAAUGGAUAGACAAAAAUGACCUCUACAUCUGGUUCAAGAACCCAGACGAGAAGAAGAAACGGGCUCUUAAGCGACAUGUUGGCAAGACAAAGAAAUUGCCGGACAGAAAACUGUCGUUCAAAGAGAUUGGUAGAGUCACUAGAUACAUCGGCAGUACAUACCAGACGUUCUUUGCCGAACUGGACUGUCCGGUUGCGAUAGUUGAGCAGGAGAUGGAAGAGCACCGUCACCUCGCCUUUAGAUCUCGCAUCACAAAGAUCUUCAUUCACCUCCUCAAAACGAAGGCUGAUACUGGAUUCUUGGCUAUAGCAAAUGCAAUGUCACGACAUGGAAUGGACCCUUCCCUGCUCGUGAAUAUUCUGGACUCCAACAGGAAUGUGCUGUUUAUAGACGAGACAUUGCCGGAUAAAUGGUUAAAGAGGAAUUUGUCUGUCAAUGAUGUUCCGAUCAUCGCUGACCACGUUGACAUCAAAUCAUAUUUCAACUUAUUCCUGGAACUUGGAUUCGCUCCCAAAAAAGUUGAUGAGUUUGACGACCAGUACAAAAACAACAGAACUCGAGAGAAGAUCACCGCUUUACUGGUGGCGUUCAUUAAAGAGACCAAUCCCCGCCCAACUGUGAAUUCAAUUCUCCUGGCGAUGCAAGAAUGCGACAUGGACACCGAAUCCCUUAUUGGAACCCUAAAACCCUCAUAGGUUAAGGACUCCAACAUUGUUCUAAUACCAAAGAGCUUGUGUCUAUUACCAUAGAGAUGAUAUGCUGCUCGGAUUGUCGCAGACUGGUGUUAUGUGAGUUUUUCUCUCUGUGCGCAGUUUUAGAAGAUAAUGGACCAAAGACAUUUUCCGAAGAACUACACUCUACUGCUAGUAAAAUGUUAAAUAACAUACUCAUUUCAUCAAAGUGAGUGUAUCAUGUGUAUUGUAUGUCAAUGUGCGAUAUACAAGAAGAUGUACAUAAACGAUCGGAUAUUUGAAUUCUAAUACAAUAUUACUGAUUUCAAAUUCUUUCAUGUAGAUAGCAAAAUAAUUAAGAUUGUGUAUGUAAUGCGACAGUAUCAGUUUAGGAAACAAACCUGCUGGUAAAGAUGAUGAAGUGUAUGCUACGUAUCAAGGCUGUUUAUUUACCGUGGUGUUAUAACAGAUAUGUAUAUACAGGCUACAUACAUAAGGUGUUCGUUGUGUUAAAACAGGACAACGCAUGCUAUAACAUAACAUUUUUGUUACCGAGGUGUUAUAAUAUAUAUGUAUAUACAGGUUGCAUAUCCCACAGUAAUGUACACUUAGAUUAGGAAACUGUUUUGUUUACUGUGUUCUAACAGAGAUGCAAAUACAGGCUACGUAACUUGGAUGUUUACUGUGUUAUAACAGUGAUGUAAUUACAGGCAACAUAACUAUGGUGUUUAUUGUGUUAUAACAAGGAUGUAAAUACGACUAAGUAACUAGGAUGUUUACUGUGUUGUAAAGGAAGAUGCCAAUAAAGCUACAUAACUGGGAUGCGUACUAUAUAAUAACAAAUAUGUAAAUACAGGCUGCAUAACUUGAAUGUUUAUUAUGUUCAAAACAGAUAUGUAAAUACAAGCUACAUAACAAGGAGGUUUACUGUUUAUACCAGUGAUGUAAAUACAGGCUACAUAACUCGGAUGUUUACUGUUUAUAUCAGUGAUGUAAAUAUAGGGUGUUUACUGUUUUAUAACGGAGAUGUAAAUACAAGCUUCAUAACUAGGAUGCUAACUGUGUCAUAACAGAGAUGUUAGGUAGCAGUGUACAGUAGAGGGUUGUGGCUAUGGGAUAUAUUUUUGUUAAAUGGCUAACCCCUGUAUAAUGAUAUGUAAAAAAAAAACAUCAUAAAAAUAAAACUGUAUUAUAAUUGGAAUAAGCAUGAUAAAGUUGGCUAUGUGAGCUUCACAUUUGUACAAAACAAAAGUUUUUGGUUCAUGAACAAAAUUAUCGCUAUAAUCUGAAAGGGUGCCUACACAUGAAAAGCUAGCUUUACAGGAGGUAAAAUUACGACAACAGCACACAACGCAAAAUUGCAAAAAAUCAAGUUUGUCAACUUUGCUGGGACCCAGAUAUUUCUGCAACCAAGUAGGUAAUCUUUAAUUUCAGACAGAACUUAGUUGUGGGGCCAAUUUUUGGGUCAUAAAUAGCAUUUUUGGCAUUUUUUGGUAAUUUUUGAUGUGGUAACCAUAGUUUUCACACAAGUGAAAAGUUUACAACAAGUUUACAAAUAUAUAUAUACAUGUAUAUAUGUGUUGUGUAGGGUAAAUCCGCUGUUAACAUUUCCUCGACAUGUGCCUUGUUUUUCAGAGUCGGGCCAUUUCUACUGUAUACUGCUACCUUAAUACAUGUUACAUAACUAGGAUGAUUACUGUGUUAUAAUGAUGAUGUCAAUACAGACUGCGUAACUAGGGUGUUUAAUAUGUUAAAAAAGAGGCGUAAAUACAAGCUUUAUACCUAAGAUGUUUUCUGUGUUAUAACUGGAUUGCAGACAAAGGCUACAUGAUAAGGAUGCUUACUGUGUGAUAAUAGGAUGUCAAUGAACGCAAGUGCACUAGACUAUAAUUGAGAGCAUAUAUAGAUACACGUAUAGUUGGUAUAACUAGUUGACAUGUGAUAAAAUUGUAGAUUAUAUAAUGACCUAUCUUAAAUGUUGUCGAAUGAACACAAUACGACAUAUGUUAUGGUUAUAUAAUAACUGAUUCCAGUGUAGUUAUUUUAUGAUUUCACUGUUGUCUAAAA